AUGACCGAGACUACCCAAGAUCCGGGCCAGUUGCCCUGGAAUCCUAAUUGUACCAAGUUCCCUUCGCAGAAGGACUUACCUCGGUUGCCUGGUGCACCAGAGGGUGCAGCUUGGGUAUGGGGAGAAGAUGAUCAGCUUGGAAGAUUGAAGCUGUUGACACCGCAGCGGGUCAAGGCGUCUGCGCAGGAGAUACUCACUGGAGAGAUGGUGCGAUUGGAUCUUCCUCUCAAUGUGCCCGAGAAACCCGCUUUCAAUCGCGAAACUUUCCAGCAUAGCUACAAGACCAUUGCCGAGGAUAUCUCCUAUGAUGACUGCUACUCUCUGAAUACGCAGAGCGGCACUCAAUGGGAUGGCUUCCGCCAUUUCUCCCACAUCCCUACUAAGCUGUUCUAUAACAAGGCCACCAGCAAAGACUUCUUCGGUGAAAGCCCAAACCUCCGCUGCAGUAUCCACCACUGGGCAGAACACGGCAUCGCCGGCCGGGGCAUCCUACUCGACUAUCGCCACUACGCCCUGACUCACAACAAGCCAUACGACCCGUACACAUCCCACGCCAUUACUCUCGAUGAGCUAAAAGCCUGUGCCGCCUCUCAAGGCCUCGACAUCCGCCCCGAAUCCGAAGGAGGCGACAUCCGUGUCGGUGAUUUCCUCCUAAUCCGCUCCGGCUUUGUCGAAAAGUACCACCAAAUUAGCCCAGAAGAGCGCUACACAGCCGCGACGCGCACUCACGACGACCUUGCCUUUGCAGGUGUCUCCCGUGAACAGGCUGUGCGGGACUGGCUGCAUGAUUGUUACUUUGCGGGCGUGGCGGGUGAUUCGCCGACGUUCGAGGUGUGGCCUGUUCCGCAGAUGGACUUUUUGCAUCAGAGCCUUCUGGCGCUUUGGGGUUGUCCUAUAGGGGAGAUGUGGGAUUUGGAGAAGUUGGCGGAGAAGUGUCGGGAGCGUGGGAAGUGGACUUUCUUUAUGACGAGUGCUCCUGCGAAUAUGCCUGGUGGAGUUGGUUCGCAUGCAAAUGCCACUGCUAUUCUGUAG